CCUUCAGCCAGAGCCACUGUCUGAAGACGCACAUGAAGAGUCAUGGCGGCGACGACGGGUCGGCGAAGGACUCAGAGACACACGACGGCAAACAGUGAAUCGAGUGGAAACGAUAAAACCUGUUCAAUCUCUCAGUUGUUGCGGCUGCACCUAAACCCGGAACAACUCGCACCGAGCGGAGGUUCCGCGCCUCGAGCCCCGAAGACAAACGGACCAUGUUCUACUGGAUGCGGAGGAGCUGCGGGGGCCUCGGGGGCCCCGGGGGCCUCGAGGGCUCCGGGGGAACCGAGCCCCUCGGCGACAUGUCGAAGACCGAGAUCCUGAGAGGCAUCGUCACCGAGAAGCUGACGACCGCCGCGCAGGAGAUCCUGGCGGUGGUGGAGCGGACCGUGGCCGGCUACGAGGAGGAGGCGUCGGGCUUCCGGCGGGAGAUCGACCGGCAGCGGCGGCAGCUGGAGCUUCUGCUGCAGCCGCAGGUCAAACUGGAGCGGAGAGCUCUGCUCCCGGAUCUGGACGGUCACGAUGUGGUCGUCGUGGGUGACGGGGAGGAGGAAGAGCAAGAGGAGAAGCGCACGCAGCAGCCGGACGUGGACGACGCCGGGAGUCUGGACCUCCUCUGGUACGACGAGGACGACUACAAGGAUUUUGUGGGUGAUGACGAUGAAGACGAAGACGAGCGACUGCCGGUGCGACCAGGGACGAGCUCCAGGAAGAAACGAGCAGAUCUGCGAGACCCCGAUUAUCAAAUACCAUCUAGGUCGUUCUCGCCCCGAGCUCCGUCUGAGAGGAGGAAGCUCGGCAGACCUCGGGUCAGCGACGCAACGCCUCACGUGGACCUGAGGAUCCGCAUCCUGAGGGACGCGCAGACCGACGUGCUCUCCAGGAACGUGUUCAGGACGUGUCCACUGCAGGAGCUGCAGUGUCCUCGCGGCCUGCGGGAGACGGACUUCCUGCGCCUGCUCAGGUCCACCUUCCCUCAGCUGCCGGCCGACGAGCCGUUCGACUUCUUCACGACCGACCGCAGCCGGAGGCUCCACAGUCUGAGGGUCAGGUCGCUGACGCCGGAGGAGAUCCAGAGGAGCAUCAGGUCCACGGGAGCAGGGAGGUCCACCCUCUACAUCCGACUGAAGACGGGAGACGAACCUCAGACGAGCGAUGACCUUAAUCCUCUGCAGAGACGAGACAACGCCACCGAUGAUUCUCCGUCGAGCUCCGUCGUCGUGGCGGCCGAUCAAACCAAAGCGUACGCGAGCUCGUCAUCUCCCAGGGUUCAGUCUGAGAAGAAGAGGCGUGGCCGACCGCGGCUCGGCGACGAACCCAGUCACCACUACCUCCGGAUCUGCGUGCUGGAAGAUUCCCAGUCCGAAGUUCUCUCCAGAAGCGUGCUGAUGAGAUCCCCGGUGCAGCACCUGAAGUGUCCCCGCGGCCUCCAGCAGUCGGACUUCCUGGACCUGCUGAGGUCCACGUUCCCUCGGCUGGCCGGAGACGACGAGAGCUUUGACCUGUUCCGGUCCGACCGGAGCCGGCGGCUCCAGAGGCUCCGGGUGCAGACGCUCACUCCGGAGGAGAUCUGCAGGAACCUGAGGUCCACCGGGUCGGAGAAGACGCUGAUCUACAUCAGACAGAAGACGGGCGACGCUGAGGAGGAGCUUCAACUCUUCCCGAUGAAGGAUGACGUCACAGAGGAAUCUCCAUCCACUGUCGCCAUGGUGAUAAAAGACGAAGCCGGAAAAGAGACGGAGAGAGUGGACGUUCAGCCCAGCAGCUCGACGCCUCGACCAGAGAACGUGGAAACUGACCACGAAGACGCCGCCAGCGACAGAGUGGCGUCCAGGGACGACGACUGGGAACCACACGUCGACCAGCGACCGCCGAAGACGCCGCGAAGGACCAGAUUGUCGGCGGUGGAGCGGAGCAAGACGCCCUGCAGGGUGUGUGGAGUCUGGUACAGGGUCCUGGGCAGCCUGGUGAAACACGCCUGGAGCCACGCGGACGAGUCGCAGGCCGCCUGCGGCGUCUGCGGCGAGCGCUUUGAAUCUGCGGAGGAGUUAAAGAGACACCUGAGAAACUACCAAAAGACUUACGAGUGUUCAUACUGUGGCAAAACUUUCUCCAACGUCGCCGGCCUCAACCUCCACGCCACACUGCACACAGGGGCGCGGCCGUUCGCGUGCGACAUCUGCAAGAAGACGUUCGCCCGCCAGUCCAGUCUGAGCGUUCACCGCUGGGUCCACGUGCCCGACAAACCGCACAAGUGUGACACUUGCCCGAAGGCGUUUGGCCUGAAGACGCAGCUGAAGGCUCACAGGAAGCUCCACACGGGGCGAGACAAGUACCAGUGCAACAUCUGCGGCAAAGUCGUCUUCCACCUCCGAUCGCUGACGCGGCACAAGGUCACGCACACGGGGGAGCGGCGCUACGGCUGCGAGGUCUGCGGGAAGCGCUUCAAACUCCCGUCCACGCUGAAGUCGCACGAGAAGAUCCACACGGUCCGAGAGCGGCCGUACCUGUGCGACGUCUGCUGCAAGGCCUUCCACUCCAACGGCAGCCUGGCGGCCCACAUGCGGACCCACGGCGGCGAGCGGCCGUUCGCCUGCGCCGUCUGCGGCAAGGGCUUUGUGUCCAACGGCGAGCGCAACGCACACAUGCGGGUGCACACGGGCGAGGCGCCGCACGGCUGCUCCGAGUGCGGCCGCUUCUUCAAGCGCAAGACGCACCUGACCAACCACAUCCGGAGCCACCUGGGCAUCAAACUGUUCGCGUGCCCGGUCUGCGGCAAGGCGUGCUCCCGCCAGGAGCACCUGACGGUGCACAUGAGGACGCACAACGGGGAGCGGCCGUACCAGUGCUCCGUCUGCGACAAGGCCUUCACCCAGAGCCACUGUCUGAAGACGCACAUGAAGAGUCACCGGGCGCGGGAGGACUCGUCUGAGAGUCCGUCCACGUCCUGAGAGACGACUCGCGUCCAACUGCUCCGUCCUGAGAGGUCGCAGUCGUGAGACACUUCAGUUCCUCGUCGUUUGGACAAAAGUAGGAGUUAGAUAUGAAGUCGGCAGCAGUAUUUGAAAAAUUGGCCGAGGCACAAUUUUUUUUAAAUAAAAAAGAACAAAACAAAAAAGUGAUCAAAGGGAAAAUUGAUUCACGCCAGUUUUUAAGAUUUUCAUUUUAAUUUAAUUUAAUUUUGUUUGGACAACAAAGCUGUACAAUUAUUGUAAAUCGUUUAAAAGUUCUGUUUUAUUGAUCACAAACCUGGCGCAGUAUCGAUAAUCAAUAAAAAAAAAUAUAUAUGAUCUGAAGUUUGUUCAAAACAACCUCGUUCAUCUCAGACGUGUCGUAUCCGUCAUGUGACGUGUGUAAACAUGAAGACUUGUUAAUCUCUGUUGUGAAUAUUUUCUAUUUUUCACUUGAUUUUUUAUCCAUCGUAGCUAAUGUUGCAUUCAGGGUGAGUGGUACGUUUCAGUAAAUCAGCACUUAAAGACUCCGCUUCGUACAGUGACAACAGAGCACUUCCAAUCCCACGAGGUCCUGAAUGCAGCAUGCGGUGCCUUAAUGUGCAUGGUUUUCAUCAAACGUCUUUGAAACUGCAUAAAAAAAACAUAUUAAACCACAUUCCAUAAAAAAACAGA